GAGAAAUGGCAGAAACCGCUCCAGCUCCAGCAGCCCCGCCGGCGAAAGCGCCCAAGAAGAAAUCUGCAGCCAAACCCAAGACAGCGGGUCCAGGCGCGAGUGAUCUCAUCGUUAAAGCCGUGACGGCCUCCAAGGAGAGAAACGGUGUGUCUCUGGCCGCCCUGAAGAAAGCUCUCACCGCCGGCGGAUACGAUGUGGAGAAGAACAACUCCCGCGUCAAGCUCGCCAUCAAGAGCCUCGUGACUAAAGGCACACUGGUCCAGACUAAAGGAACCGGUGCUUCAGGAUCUUUCAAACUCAACAAAAAACAAGUCGAGACUAAGAAGCCAGCGAAGAAAGCCGCUCCUAAAGCAAAGAAGCCCGCAGUGAAGAAGCCCGCUGCUGCUGCCAAGAAGCCGAAGACCGCAGUAGCAAAGAAGACCGCCGCAAAGAAAUCUCCCAAGAAGGCCAAGAAACCUGCCGUCACCGUCGCUAAAAAGGCAACGAAGAGCCCCAACAAGGCGAAGAAGCCAGCGGCCCCCAAGAAGGCAGCAAAGAGUCCGAAGAAAGCAGCUAAAAGCCCCAAGAAGGUCAAGGCUGCAAAACCCAAGACGACAAAGCCCAAAGCAGCUCAGCCUAAAAGGGCCGCCCCGAAAAAGAGGUAG